UAUGCGACUAUGCAAGUUUGUGUGGAUAUACCCUAAUCUAUUAAACCUAAUUAAUCCACUAUUAAGCGGAGAGCAGAUUCUUGCACAAUGCAUAAUACAUAAUGCAUUAUGAGAAAAUGUACCAAUCAAAGUCUUUCGGUUCUUUCCUUUAAAAUAAAAAACUCCGAUUGAUUGGAUUUCUUAUGUGUUAUGCGUUAUGUGAGAGUCUGUGCUUCCCGCUUUAGUGUAUCUCGUACAUUAAAUUCAAUUUUAGUAAAAUUACUGCUCAAACAUAUUAAGGCGAAAUCACACGUUAUUCCGAAUAGCACUAAUUGGUUGUUUCAAUGACGCAUUUUCUAUUCCGCAAUCCUUUUCCGCAUCAUGUGAUUUCACCCUUAGGAUGAAAUCGCACAGUACCCGCACUUUUAGGGGUCACUUCAAGAAACUUAAGGUACAGUCCACUUGGCGCUACAAAUGCUUUGAAACUUUUGAUUGACCAAUUGAAAAAAAGAAUUUUACUAAUUAAUCAAUGAAAAAAUUCUUCGAAGUAUUUGUAGCAUCAAGUGGAGCGUAGCUUUAAUCCAUAUCAAAUUAGCCGAUCGUAUCUGCCGUCAAACGAAAUGACGAAUGUGAUUGGCCAAAGGCCUCUCGCAUAAUCGAUAUCAUGGUCGCAUCCAGACAGAUGUCGCUGCUGUAUUCAUUGCAAUGACGCUUUCCUUUGCCGGCGACACGAGGCGCGAGGCGCGAGGCGUCGGCAGUGACCGGCAGGCUGGGUUUAGGGUUGGUUGGACGGCUGGUUGGUUGAUUGGUUGGUGUCCGUGAUCAGCUCAUACGGCACUACGGCGUACCGAAGUAACCGAAGUGCGUUGGAAACGCAGUAGGCGCGUGAGAACAUUGAAAAUUGAAAAGAGAGUAAACGAGAGCACAAAGCAUUCAGGGUGAUUCAAGGUGUCAUCCUAUGUAUUGAUGGUUCCUCUAGACCGCAUAUCGCACCACUCCCUCUCCCAUCAUUGUGCUCUCGCCAUUGCUCACAAUUGCUCGCUGCGUUUCUCCUCAAUCCGCCGCGGUUGACAUUUUGACAACGGUACCUCCACUCGACUGAUCACCAUUUCACAUUGAUCAUUUCACAUUUUCACAUUUUUUUCCCACCCGAUUGGAAGGAGCAAGUUUACACUUGCUUACGCUCCUAUUCUCUCCCAAGGUCCACUCUCUUUUCCAUGUCAACAACACGCGCGUUUCCGCCAAGGCCAGCAGCGAGUUAUACUCCUCACGUCGUCGCUGUCAUCCUCGAGAAAUUGUUGUUAUCGUACACGUCGCAUUCGCAUUCGCGUCACUGGGGGAUCUCGACGAGGAUCGCCGACGGCAUCGAGUAUCGGGACUGUCUGUCGGUGUCGCGAAGGAGAGGGACGUCGUGCGAUCAGGUCGAUCACAUCGCUCCUACCAACCUGAGAUGAGCGACCAUGGCUGCAUACAUUUAAAUAAUUUUAAAGCAGCAAAAGGUAUCCAACCGUAUAAAGUGAUACACUCGUUUUUCGUGACCAGUACAUCGACCGAGGCACGCGUCAGGAAGGCUGUGAGUUGUUUAUGUCACACAUGUAAAACUUACAAGGAUCGCCUACAUUCUUGUCUUCAUUGUAUAUUUUUUGGCUGUUAUGUAAAAGGCCAUAUACAAGAGCAUGCAAAAACGAAGAAACAUUUUCUAGCCGUUGAUCUGUGUUACGGGAAUAUUUUGUGCUUCCAAUGCGGUGAUUAUGUAUACGAUAGAGAGUUGUUAAAAGUAGCAAAAGCGCAAUGGAGCGAGUUGGCAAAAUCCUUGAGCUUCGGGGAAUUCUAUCGUGCAUGGGAACCCACGCAGACGGAGGCGGAGUUGCUGAGAAAUCAUCCGCGCCGAAGACGCGUUGUAGAAAAUUCCACUAUAGGUUUAAGGGGACUCAUCAAUCUUGGAAAUACUUGUUUCGUAAAUUGCAUUGUACAGGCGCUUAUUCACACUCCACUGUUACGCGACUACUUCCUUGCUGACCGUCAUCACUGCCCGCAACCGAGUCUCUGUUUGGUCUGCGAGGUAUCCCAUUUGUUCCAGGAGUUCUAUUCCGGCAACAAAGCUCCAUUGACGCUUCACAAACUUCUCCAUCUGAUUUGGACCCACGUCAGACAUCUGGCAGGCUAUGAGCAGCAGGAUGCCCAUGAAUUCUUCAUUGCUACACUGGAUGUCCUUCAUAAGCACUGUGAAGCCACUACGAUACUGGUCAAAGACAACCCUCAUCACUGCAAGUGUAUCAUCGAUCAAAUAUUUACUGGGUGCCUUCAAAGUGAUGUUGUUUGUCAAGCUUGCAAUGGAGUGUCUACUACAAUAGAUCCAUUUUGGGACAUAUCUUUAGAUCUAACUUCGGCAGCUAGUACCUCUGGUUCUAAUACACCCGGGCCACCCACUUCCUUGCUAGAUUGUCUGGAAAAAUUCACCAGAGCCGAGCAUUUAGGUUCUAGUGCAAAGAUCAAAUGUAGCAACUGUGAGACUUACCAAGAAAGCACAAAGCAAUUAACGAUGAAGCAAUUGCCGAUCGUGGCGAUCUUUCAUCUAAAGCGCUUUGAGCACUUCAUAAUCCAGGAUAAGAUUUUUAAAAAGAAGAUCUCUACAUUUAUCUCGUUCCCCGAACAACUAGAUAUGACGCCAUUCAUGUCGCAUAGACGCAAUGGUAACAACAACAGCGCUAUGCUGAAUGGUUUGUCGAAAAACGGAGAGGAUAUGAGUUUUAGCGACAAUAGGUACUCUCUGUUUGCCGUAAUAAAUCAUGAAGGUUCUUUAGAGACUGGGCAUUAUACCGCUUUCAUCAGGCAACAGAGAGAUCAAUGGUUCAAGUGCAAUGAUCAUUUGAUUACACGGGCCAAGUUAAAGGAUGUCUUGACCAGCGAAGGGUAUCUCUUGUUUUAUCACAAGCAAAUUUUGGAAUAUGGAUAAAAUAAUAAAGUCUGAAAAGUCAGAAAAGAAGAUAUGAAUCAAGUCAUGUAAUUAAUUUAUUUAACAAAGAAUUUAAAAAUCGCUGCUGAAGUUAGACGUCAGUGACAUUUUAUGUUUAUCAAAUAUAAAUUAUUGUCACUGUCGCUUUAUAGUUUCCGUUGGCUUCUUUUGUAUUCGAUCAGGUAUGUCGUCUGACAGUCCCAGUCGACAUCUACAUGAAUGUAACGUAAGCGUAGAUAUUAAGAUUAGCUCAAUUUUUUUUAAUCGACCGAUCAUAAUUUUUGUAUAUCUGACCAUUGUUAUACUCCUGUUCUGCAGACAAAUAUAUUACACACACGCGCGCGCGCGCGCGCGCGCGCACACACACACACACACACACACACACACACACACACACAAAACAUACAAAGUGUUCGUUAAAGCCAUAACAACGCUUGAGAGUAGAUUUCUGAAAUCAAUUUUGAAACUCAAUAUUUUUUGUUCUGUCUAUAUGUUUCGGAUGGUAAGAAAAUAAUCCAGCUCUUUCACUCUUCACUUUCAACAGCUUACCAAAAAACAUGGUAGAAAGAAUAAAAAAUAUUUUUAUUGUGAAAUGACGAUUCAAGAGUUAGAAAAAGUUCAAGCAAACUUUCCAUGAAGACUACAGGCAUGUUUAGCUCAACAUAGUGAAUUUUGAUUUAUUGCAAUAAUUAUAAUAUUAAUUCUAACUUAUAAUCUGUUUCUUUUUUAAUUUAUAUUCCAAAGAUAGUUGAAUUAUCAAAGAAUUAUUCUAAUACAAAGAAAUUCAACUAAUUGAGUACCAUCGAUGGAAUGACUAGAAAAUACUCCUUUCUAUUAAAAAAAAAUCUUCAUUUAUUAAUAAUGAAAAAUUAAGGACAUUUACUCAACAUCAAAGUAUGUCUCUUACUUAUUGUACAAUUUUGAUAAUAGGUGUCUUCCUCUUAUCUCUAACCGUUUUCGGGGAAAAAAACAAACUUUUUAUCAGACUCACAACUUUUUAUCAUCCUGCACACGCUACUCACACACACACGCGCGCGCGCGUUGCACGCACGCUCGCAUACACGCACACACGCAUGCACACUAUACGCCGGGAAUGGGCCUCGUAUAUAUUUCCUUCUUAUAAUAAUUUCUGUGCUCUUGCCAACAAAAUAUUUAUAUUCAAUCUCUAAAAGAUCGUACCAGAGUAAACACGUGAUAUUGAGUUUAACCUCGGAUUUUCUAAUAUAUCCAAUAUGUUAUUAAUUAAUUUUGCAAGAGCGAGAAAACGAGAAUUUGUAUAUUUUCUAUAUUUACGAAUUAGGCUUCCGAAUAAUUGCAGUUAAUAUUAAUUAAUAAAUAUUAUCGGUGCAGAGCAA